GUCCACACUUGUGCUGCACAGAAGUGACGAGUUAGAUUGAUAAUCUCUUGCUAAUUGUCACCAUCGAUAGAACUAAUCGAAAUCAAGGAUGGGGAAUCGCAUGAACGUGCUGGCAGCUGGACCGGGCGGAGUACCCAGCCCGAGUUUAGUACCUCCUCCUCCUCAGCCCGUACCACCAUCACCGCCAUCACCCCCUAAACCCGGUGACAGCCCGACCUCUGUCCUAGCUGAACCUUCAAAAUUUGCAGAUAACCCCGGGACAUUCGAAGAUUUACACAAAAAGUGUAAAGAUGUAUUUCCCCAGGUCUUCGAAGGAGGGAAGUUAAUCAUAUCUAAGGCUUUGAGUAGCCACUUCCAAAUAAGCCAUACCUUAAGUAUGAGUACCUUUCAGCCAUCAGGUUACAGAUUUGGUGCUACAUAUGUUGGCUCUAAACAGUUCAGCCCACAAGAGGGGUUUCCUAUUCUCGUUGGUGACUUGGACCCAAGUGGUAACCUAAAUGCUAACAUGGUUCAUCAGUUCACUGAAAACAUUCGCAGCAAAUUUGUUACUCAGAUUCAGGAUGGAAAGUGGAUGGUGUCACAGUUAACCACAGAUUAUAAGGGCACUGAUUUCACUGGCUCGCUUACGAUAGGCAAUCCAGAUAUUGUUAAGGAAUCAGGUAUCCUGGUAGCACAUUACCUCCAGUCGGUGCGACCAAAUUUGGCUUUAGGAGCAGAACUCUUGUACCAGUAUGGUCAGCAGAUACCGGGAGGAGAGUUGGCUGUUUUCUCCUUAGCUGGCAGAUUGUCAGGAGACGACUGGCAGUUUAGUACAAAUAUCAGUCCAAGUGUAGGGGGUUUACAUGCCUGUUACUACCAUAAAAUCAACAAUGAAAUGCAGGUGGGGGUAGAGCUAGAAACAAGCUUGCGGAUGCAGGAGAGCCUCGCCACUGUGGGCUAUCAAAUCGACCUUCCAAGUGCCAAUCUAGUAUUCCGAGGUCAAGUGGACACAAACUGGUGUAUUUCAGCCAUGCUAGAGAAAAAAUUGCAGCCAUUACCAUUUACAUUAGCUCUUAGUGCUUACGCAAAUCAAGUCAAAUCACAAUUUAGGUUUGGUAUAGGCCUGAUAGUAGGUUAGAAGUACCAUUAGAUAGCCUGGGUCAUGUGAGAAAUCUCAUUGUGUGGUUACUUGUACAGACAUUCAGUGGCCGGAUGGGGGAUCUACUGAGUACCUCCCUUCAGUCACUUGAUGACAUGACAGGUGAGGGAGGCUGCCAGGGGCACUAUUACUGGGGCUUGAGAACAGAACCAGUGAUAAGGGGACACUUGAGUGUUGCCCUAUGGUUUGCUGGCUAGAAAUAAUGGUAUGACUAAUAUGCAAUUGUAAAAGUGUCUUCAAAACCAGACCACAGCAGGGAUGUGACUGAUAGAGGCCUGUCAUCUAAUCUUUCCUGCUGAUAGAUCAGCCAUCAGAUCAAUGAAGAAAUGAGUGUGGCAUGAAAAAACAGUGUCUGAUGAAAGUGUGACAUGUUUAUGGUUGAUAUAGUAUAGAAUUAACAAGAGGAUUAAGGUGAUUGGCUAUUGAUACCAGUAUGUAGAGGUCUGCCACAUGGGUGAGAAAAUAAAAAACAUUAACAGCUCUUGUCAUGGCAGAUUCAUUCUAGUAACAGGUUCUUCAGCAGAUAACUGAGUGAUGUAUUCAUGGGGGAAUUCCGGGGCCCUGUCUACCAUGUGAGCUAACGAUAGCACUAAUGUAAAGACAGUAUAGUAAUGUGUGUGAGUUUUUUUAUGUGACCCAAUUCUGACAGCUACAGCAAUUGGCUUCUUAAAAUUUCAUACAGAAAAACAUCUCACAAACGCUGAAACAGUAACACAAACUUCAUGCAUUUUGUGAAAAUGAUUUUCAAAGUGCUUGUAGGAGGAGGGCUUUGUUGAAGCCCAUUGACACUUAUGUGUGUAAUAAAAAACAAUGCUGUGCUAAUUUCAGCUCUUGUUCACAGUCAGUGUGAAUAUAUCCAACCUCUAAAGGAUUUAUGUCUGUUUUCAUGUGGAAAUCCUGGUCAUUUUCAUGAUUAUCAUGAGCAAAGUUUGUGUGGAAAAUUAUAAAACACCAAGGCUGAUAUGACAGUUACAGGCAAGGCACAGCAAAUACUAUCGACAUUAUCUGCUUGGGACGCUGUGGUGGGAUAAUUUGAACAAUAAAAGGCAUGAAUAUAUAGCAACGAAUUUGAGUGAAGGAAACUACUAGAUGUUUUAAGUUUACCUCAGUCUGAUGUGUGCGGAUAGGGUUGUCGGCUGUACAUAUGUGGCCCUUUUAAGCAAGACAAUUUAGAACUUUUUUUUAAUGUACCCAUGUAAAGGAUAAUUGAUAAU